AUGACUGCCAACCAGUGUACCAAUAACCCUAGCUUCAACGAGGUCUCAGCCGGGGCCUUCUCGGAAUGGCCCGAGAACCUCCCGGGGCUGGUCUGUAAGACGCCGCCUUCCGGCAUCUACAGCGCUCCCAGAUUCGCGCAGUGCUGCUCUGGCCCGGUGUACAACAUUACUUCACCGACGAGCCCCGGCAAUCCAGCUUACCCCGUCACUUGUGCCAUGCUCUGCCAGAUCGACCCUGUUCUCGACAAAGCCAAUGACAAAUACCCGUACUAUUGGAGCGACCACUUCAUGUGUCUGACUAAUGGCGGCACCGAACCCUCAAAUUGGGACGUUGUCUGCGACAAUCUCACCGCGAAAGGGGAGGCGGCGCCCACUUCAUUCAGCCACACCCCGAUGGGGAGCUGGAUGACCAAGAGCUACGCUCUCGAUAGUUUGGGUUUCCCUGAACCUUCGACGAUGCCUGUCCUCUCCAAUGUCGCGUCGGACACUGCUAUGACCAGCCUCGACAGCUCUGCUACUCUGGCCUCCACUAGAGGGCUCUUGGGGAUGAUGUUGGCUUCGACGUUGGUAUCCCCGUCAAUAAGCUCCCCUGCAUCAUCGUCGAUGGACAGAACAGCGGCAGUGACGACGUCUACGACUCCGACCAGCACGUCGAGUGGUAACGCGCUCAGCUUGAAGAAGGUCGCUACAACUCUGCUCGUUGUUUCUGGGUUCUGUGUUGGAUGGGGAUCUCUUUGA